AAGACACUUUGGCCUGAAGGUUGAAUAAGAACGUCACAUACGGUAUGCAAUAUCGCCUAUCGGAAGCAUGGGGUUCAAUGACGGGGGACAUCCCGGGCUUAUAGGUGUGUUGUUCUGUGUGGGACUCCUACAUCUCAGCGCCUUCGUCAGUGUCACUAUUUAUCACGAGCUACGAAUUCAACAUUUAGAGAGAGGUGAUUGGUUUCAAGGAAACGCUGAUGACGUCGACAGAUCACGACAAAGGCGAAAUACAGAGACAAAUGAGAGAACUGAUGUUGAUGUCAUACGUCACAUCGUGCGAGAAAUUACGGAAUUCAUGAAAGCAGACGAUUCUGACAGGGCGCGAAAACUACGUCAAGCAGCAUCUCCUGGAACAACCGGAAAUGAAAUGGCGCAGAUAUUUGAACAGCUGGCUAAUUCUGAGCUUGCUAUUUUUAACAAGUACUGUGGACAAAACAGCACGAUAUGCUUACCAGGACCUAAGGGAGAAAAAGGUAACCAAGGGCUAGCAGGAACUCCAGGAUUGAAGGGUACCUCCGGAUUACCAGGUGAGAAGGGGGCAAAGGGUGACGUCGGUUCUCCGGGUUUUCAAGGUCAAAAAGGUGACCCAGGUAAUAUUGGUUUUCCUGGAGUCAAAGGUGAUAAAGGCGAGUUGGGAUCACCUGGGCUGAGUGGACCGGCCGGAGUGAAAGGCGAGAGAGGUAACAUAGGUUCCCAGGGUCCUGCUGGGAAAGAUGGUGCUCCUGGACUACAAGGGACCAAAGGUGAAAAGGGUCGAGUAGGAGAUCCGGGUCUGAAGGGAGGUAAAGGAGAGCGAGGAGAUUAUGGUCCGCCAGGAAUCCCAGGGGCCAAGGGAGCGGCCGGAUUUCCGGGACUAAAGGGUGACAAAGGUGACAGUGGAUUAUCAGGUCCACCGGGCCCUCCUGGGGUUUCUGGGCAGAAAGGCGACCCAGGGACCGAGGGUCUCAGGGGUCUUCAAGGGGAGAAAGGUGAUGUGGGGCCUAAAGGGGACCCAGGAAACACAGCAUUAGUCACACCCAAAGCAACGUGUUGUGACAGUCUAGAAAAGCCAUAUUUCAAUCAAACGACACAAGUAAUUAACGCCUUGGAGGGGUCAUCUGUCACGUUACAUUGCGAUGUCCAAGGUCAUCCUAAACCGACAAGGGAGUGGAUUCACGUGACAGUUCCAACUAACGGUACAGUUUCCGCCGUGUCUAGCGCAGAAUCACUGACGUUGGUGAACCUUGACCCUUACAGAGACGGAGGGACCUACACGUGCAAAGGGUCUAGCGCUCUGGGUGACGCCACCAAAAUCGUUCAGUUAAAUGUUUAUCAGCACAUCAGAAUAGUGGACCAUAUAUCUAACCACUCAAUGCUAGUAGGUCAGAAUGUCGUUUUUGAAUGCAAAUUCCAAAGUGAACCGAAACCCACUGUGACGUGGUAUCACGUGGAUCAAAAUGGCGCCCGAACUCAGAUCACCACUGGCGUCAUCGAGAUCCCGGGAGGAACCCAGCUGGAGCUGCCCGCAGUGGGAAACAAAGACAAAGGGGAGUACACAUGUGUGGCUAACAACGGACUGGAGACCGUCUCACAACACGCCUUCCUAGUCACACAGGGUCCGCCUAUGAUCUCACCACACGCUCCCGUCACAGGCCUCGUGGGACACACCCUCAAACUCCAUUGUGAUGUAACCGGAGACCCCAAGCCCACCACAACCUGGAUAGCUCCGCCAAACGUGAAUAACGCUUAUGAGGACAAGAACGGGGACCUAGUUUUGCUGAAUACCCAAGCUGGGGAUGCCGGGCCUUAUAUCUGCAAGGCCACCAAUUCUUUUGGAUCCGCCAAUUCUGUUGUCACGCUGGUGGUACAUGAACCUGGUAAAGUAGAAAUACCGGGGUCCCAUUUAAUUCCUGUGGGAGCCUUGACCACAAACUUUGCCAUCGCCUGCAAGGCUUCUGGGGAGGCGCCUCUGAAUGUUCAGUGGUACCAUGACGGUUCGCCAGUGAAGCCCGACUCGUUCCACGCCCUACUUCCGGACAACACUCUGUUGAUUCUGUCCGUGAAUCGCCCUGCAGAUUAUGGCCGCUACUCCUGUGUCGCGUCAAAUCUGUACGGAUCUGACAAUUCCACGGCCACAGUGUAUGAGGACAAGGGAACCACGACUUGUGAUGCUCCCUUCACCGACUGCUCCGGCAAAAUUUGCGGAGUGAAGUGCCCUCCGGGAUGCCAGCAAACAGCCGUGGACGGAACUACCUCUUAUUCAACGUCUGCUCCCCUGUGUCUGAGUGGGAUACAGAGUGGGGUGAUCCAAAACAACGGUGGAGUGGUCACGUGGCAGACAGCGGGAAACACAGCAACAAUACAGACACAAUGAGAGACAAGGACGAGUGGUGUACCAGAUGCACAGACUGAGGAAACAUUAUAAGUGCAAUAAAAUAUUCUCACUUUU